AUGGCGACAGCCCUGUCGGUCUUUGGCGACAGCCCCGUCACCUGCCGUGGCGACAGCCCUGUUCCUAGCGCGGCGGCAGCCCUGCCACAGAGCCAGGUGAAUCAAAGGGACCCUAAAAAGUCUCGCAAGCUAGUACGUUUUAAGCACCAUUUUGGAAAAACCUUAAGGGAUCGUUUCGCUCUCGGCCUGGGCCCAGGAUCAGAACACGCUAAGUUGUUCGAGAAGAACCCGUCUACGCCUAAGUUAACGCGUGCUAUUGAACUGGAUGAG